AGUAAAGCGUGUUGUUUCAGCGCGAGGGCUGAAUGAAUGAAAGCAGUCUCUGGAAGAUCAGCUGUUUAAAUUAUUAUUGCUUUAAUUGUGGACUAAUUUUACAUUUACCUAAGCUGUACCGACAGCGGAUAAGGUUUGGUUGGAGGAAGAGAAGUCGCUGUUGUUUAACUAAUAAUCAGCAGGAACAUGGCUGGGAUUCUGUUUGAGGAUAUUUUUGAUGUGAAAGAUAUCGAUCCUGAUGGGAAGAAGUUUGACAGAGUGUCACGUCUUCACUGUGAGAGCGAGUCGUUUAAAAUGGACCUGAUCCUGGAUGUGAACACUCAGAUUUACCCUGUCGACCUCGGAGAUAAGUUCAGACUGGUGAUCGCCAGCACGCUGUAUGAGGACGGCACUCCAGACGAUGGAGAGUACAAUCCUACAGACGACCGACCGUCCAGGGCGGAUCAGUUUGAUUACGCCAUGUAUGGUAAAGUGUAUAAGAUCGAGGGAGACGAGACGUCGACAGAAGCAGCGACGCGACUCUCUGCAUACGUGUCGUACGGUGGCCUGCUGAUGCGACUUCAGGGUGACGCCAACAACCUGCACGGCUUUGAGGUGGACUCCAGAGUUUACCUGCUCAUGAAGAAACUUGCCUUCUAACACAACUGUGUGUGUGCCGUGUGUGAUUUUGUUGUGCUGACGGUGACAGCAUGAGGAAAUGCAGCUCUGAAAACUCCAACUGUUUUAUAAACGCCGGGGAAAAGUCAAGCGCAAAGUGACGAUGAUGUAAAUAAAACUCUUUUAUUUGUAUUUA